AUGAAUUUAAACAUUGUUAAAAGAACAUAUGAAUGCUUAUAUACACAUCAAAAAGUACAAAAAAAUAAAAAAUGGAAAGAAGGGCAUUGUGAGAUAAUAGUUAGUUAUGGAAUGACCAAAAUAAACUUGUUAAAUUUGAAUAAAGUUUGUAUAGAAAGUUCAGUAAGUAAUUUAAUAAAUUUUGAUAACAUUGAAGAAGAAAUAGAAUUAUCUUGCCAUUUAAUUCAGCUUAUAGAUAUUAGUAAUUAUACUGAAAAUGAGGUAAAAAAUGAAAAAAUUAAAAAAAGAAUAAAUACUUUUUCAUCAGAAAAUUUUGAUCUAAAUAAAAAAAAAAAAGCAAGUCACGAUUUAAAUUCAAAUGAAAAUGACGAUAAAACAAAUAAAGAGUUAAAUAACAAAAAAAAAAUAGCAUAUUCAAAUAGAUACUUAAAUUGUUAUAUUAAUAAAAAUAACAAAUUUGAAAUACCAAGAAAAAUUAAUUAUGAAAUAAAUGAAAGCAAAAAGGAAGAAGAAUCAGAAAAGGAUGAAGAAAAAAAAAAAUAUUAUACAUUAACUUACAAUAAUGUUAAGAAUAAUACAAGUGAUAUUAACCUAAGAUAUGAAGAAGACAAUGAAAAAAAAAAAAAAAAAGAGAAUAAAUUUAUAAGUGUGACGUACACGAACAAACAUUUAUUUAAUACAAAAAAAAAAAAUGUGAAAUGGUUUGAUGGAUAUAUUAUGAAAAUGGGGAACACAAUGACAUUAUAUAAUAUUUUAGAAGAAAUACUGUUUACAAAAAAAAAAGAGAAUAUAACAAAUGAUGAAUAUAUUACUUUUGGGAAUUUCAUUGUUUAUAAUAAUUUCUUAUGUAAAUCAGACAAUGAAGAAAUUCAGAAAAAUAGAUAUCCUUUUUCAAAUAAUUAUAGAUGCACUAAAAAUAAUAAAAUAUACAAUUUACAUGAUAUAAAUAAAAGAGAUAUUUAUCAAGAAGACAAAAAAAAAAAUUUAUAUGAUAUAAAUAUAAAAACUUCUGAUAAAGAAUGCACACCAAUAAGUUUAAGUAAGGAGAAUCACUUAAAUAUUUAUCAAAGUGGAAAUAAUUCACAUUAUAACACAGAUAGAGAUUUUAAAUAUUAUAAUCAAGAAAAUGGUCCAUCUAAUAUAUUAACAAACCAAAAAAAUAUUAAUGACAAAAAUUUUAAUGAAAUUCAUAAUAAAACAAUAGCAUAUAAGCUUUUAAAAAAGAAUCAUUCUGGUUCCUGUAGAAAUGAGGAGUAUGAAAUCUCUUUUUAUAAGAGUGAUGAUAAAAAAGUUGUUCUUUUUUAUGAAAAUAAUCAAUGUAAUAAUAAGUAUGAAGAAAUAAUUAAUAUAAGUAAAAUAGUAAGUAAAAAUAAUUUUUCAUACACAAAUAUUUUUAAAAAUAACUUUUAUAUGCCAUUAGCUUCUGAAAUUAUAAGUUAUAUACAAAAAGAAAAUUUAGAUAAAACAAAUAAUAGAAAUAGUGAAGAAAUCCCUCAAUUAAAUAAAUUCACAGGUGAUUUUGAAUCAAAAACUACUACUAAUAAUAAUAAUGAUAAUAAUAAAGAUAAUAAGGAUAAUAAUAAUAAUAGUAGUGAUAAUAAAAAUAAUAAUAAUAAUAAUAGUAGUGAUAAUAAAAAUAAUAAUAAUAAUAAUAGUGAUAAUAAAAAUAACAAUAAUAAUAAUAGUAGUGAUAAUAAAAAUAAUAAUAAUAAUAAUAGUAGUGAUAAUAAAAAUAAUAAUAAUAAUAAUAGUAGUGAUAAUAAAAAUAAUAAUAAUAAUAAUAGUAGUGAUAAUAAAAAUAAUAAUAAUAAUAAUAAUAAUAAUAAUAAUAAUAAUAAUAAUAAUAAUAAUAAUAAUAAUAAUAAUAAUAAUAAUAAUAAUAAUAAUAAUAAUAAUAAUAAUGACAAUAGUAAUAAUAGCAACAAUUUUGCUUAUAAUGAUAUGAAAAAAAUAUUUUCAAUAGAAUAUUUACAAAAUAAAUCAACUCAUUUACUUAAUUUUGGCAAUUAUGAAAGUGCACUUAGAACAGAAAAUGAAAAAUGUUACUUAAAUAACAGUUUAAACAACUUAGAAAACACACAUGAAAAUAUUACAAAAGAAAAUUUUAAUAAAUGUAAUGAUUUCUUUCAAACCAGUUUAAAAAAAAAUAAUAGAGAGUUCAUCUUACAUAAAAAUAUAAUUGUUGAGGAACAUAUAAAAGACACUUCUGAUUCUGAAUUGUAUGAAAUAAAAAAUAUGAGUAUUUUUGAUUCUAAUAAUAAUGAUUUUUGUAAUGACGAUAUUGAAAGUAUUAACAAAAAUAAUUUGUUCUUACCUAUAUAUAUAACUAUUUUAAAAAAUAAAAUAAAUAUAAGGAACAAAUUAAAUGAAUUACAAUAUUAUAAAAUACCAAAUUUUUUUAAUAACAAAUCAGAAUAUAUUUUAUAUUUUAUGAAUGCUAUUCUUUUUCAAAUAUAUUAUGAAAUUAAGAAUAAAAUUUUAUUUCUUCAUAAUAACUUAAUAUAUUCAUUAAGUCAAAUGAUUGAUGAACAAACUAAUUGGAAAAAUAUUAAAAAUAAUUAUAUUGAGGAAAAUCUUAAUUGUUCUAGGAAUAAUAAUUUAAAAUUAGAUAAACAAAAACAAAAUUUUAUAUCGGAUUUUUUGAGUGAAGAAAAACAUAAAUAUAAUAAUUCAGAAGAUGAUUAUUUCUUAUUAUUACAAAAUGUGAAAGUAAUCUGUAGUGUUCAAGAUGAAACUUUUAGUAAAUAUAGUAAAAAAAAAAGUAAAUUCUUUUUGAAAAUCAGUGAAAAUGAUAGUCUGUUAAUACAAAAAAAUAGCACAAAAAAGGUAGAAGAUCCAAAUAGAUACAUUAGUGCAAAUCAUAUAAUACUUUUAAGUAAAAAGAAUUCUUUUCUUGAUGAUAAAGAUAUGUUAAUUUUUAUUACUAAAUGGAAUUCUAUAAAAAGUGAUCAUUUAGAAAUUUUCCCUUUGAAUUUAGAAACUUUUACAUAUAUGAAUGAAGUAUUUGAAAAAGAAAAAAGUGAAACAACAAAAGAAUAUCUUUAUUUUUUACAAAGAUACAAGAAAAAGGAUUUUUCUUUAUGCUUAUUUUUAAUUAAAGUUUUUGAUCAUAUGGAUAAUUUAAAGUAUUUAUUUUACUUUUAUAAGAAAACAGAUAAAAUAAAAAAAUGCAAAAAUGUUAUUCAAAACAAUAUGGACAAUAAUGAUGAAAACUUCGAUUUCAUAUUAAGUAAACUAGGAAUAAAGCAAUAUACAAGAAAUGAGGCCAAGGAAUUUAUAAAAUUAAAUAAUGUUAGCACUCAUUAUAAAAAUGAAUUAAUAUUAGAUAUAAAAAAUAAUAAUAAUUUAAACAAAAAACAAAAAACUAUACUUGAACAUGUAAUUAAUUGGUUUAAAUAUAAUCAUGAGGAAGACAAAGAAAAUGAUAAAAAAGAAAAUGUAAUAAUAGAUAAUGAAAAUAAUAAUGGUGGUUUACUUGUAAAUGGAAUAUUUGGAUCUGGUAAAAGUACUCUUAUUUGCAAUGUUAUUUUAUAUUUAGAUAAAAUAUUAAGUUUUGAGGAAAAAAAAAUAAAAAAAAAUAAAAGCAUUAUAAAAGAAAGUGAUAAUGAAAAAAAUACAAAACAAAGUAAAAAUUUAAAAAAAAAUAAUGAUGAUGAAAAAGAUAUUAAAAAAAAGAAAGAAAAAUAUGAAAGUAAAAAUCUUAACAAAAAAAUAUUAUUGAUGUGUAACACAAACUUAGGAGUUGAUAAUAUUCUUUUAAAAUUAAAGUUUGAUUUUGAUUUCUAUAAUUUUGCUAGAAUAGGAAAUAUUUUUGAAAUAAAUUUUUUUUUAAUUACAAAUUAUAUUAAUAUAAAUUCAAAAGAAGAAAAAAGAAUCGAGGAACUUGUAAGUUAUUUAGAAAAAAUAAGCAAAAAAACAGAUAAUUUUUUCAAUAAUUUCAAUAAGAAAGAUAUUAAAGAAGAUAAUGAUAAAAAAUCAAGUAAUUUUUCUAAUAUAGAUUUACAUAAAAUAAGUGAUAAUUUAAAUAAGGAAGAAAAAAAUUAUGUAGAAAAUUUAAGUACUGAUGAUAAAGAUAAAAUGAGAAUUGAAGAUAUAAAUAAAAUAAGAAAUUCUGAUAUAUUGAUAAAUAUAUUAAAAAAAAAAAAAGACUUUGUUUUAAAAAAUAAAUAUAAAAACAAAAGAGUUAUAGCAGGAACUUGUAAAAGUUUAUAUAUCUUUGAAAAAUUAAAUUCGGUAAAAAAAAGUAUUGAUUAUUUAAUUGUUGAUGAAUGUACUCAAAUAGAUGAAUUAACCCUUUUAAAAUUUUUUAUUAAAUUCCCAAUAAAGAAAUUUAUAUUUAUUGGCGAUAUAAAACAACUCAGUUUUGUUUUAAAAAGUAAAAGUGAUUUAACACGUAGUAUGUUUUCUAGAUUUAUUGAAAAUGAGUUAUUUAUCAAAAAUUAUUCUAUAAAAUAUGAAGAUGAGUUAAAUAGUACAAAUGAUAAUAGAAAUUGUGACAGUAAUCAAUUAUAUAUAAAUAAAAUAAUUGAUGAAAUAAAUAAUUUAAAUGAAAUAACAUUUUCCGCUUUGAAAGAUAAUUUAUAUGAAAAAAUGUUUGAAUUAGAUGAUGAGAAAAAUGAUAGAGAAAACGAUAUCCUAAAAAAAAACUAUAUAGAAAAGAAUAGAAUCGAUUUAGCUAACGUUUUAUGUAUUAAUAAAUUAGUAAUUAUGAAUAAACAAUAUAGAUGUCAUCCAAGUAUAAGUAAUUUAUGUAGUCAAUUAUUUUAUAAUAAUCAUAUAAAAAAUGGAAAAAGUACAAAGAAAAUCAAAAUUCUUUACAAUAAAUAUAAUUCUCAUAUAAAUUUAAUUUUAAUAAAAAAAAAUUAUAAAGAAAUAAAAUAUAAUUCUUCAUAUGUUAAUAUAUUAGAGGCUAACAUCAUUUUAAAUAUAUGUGAAAAUAUGAUUGAUAGUAAUAUUAAGCCUGAUGAUAUAGGAGUAAUAACUUUAUUUAAAUAUCAGUCUUUUUAUAUCAAAAACAAAAUGAAACAUUUAAAAAACUACGAUCAGUUAAAGAAAAUAAAAGUGAGUACAGUGGAUGCCUUUCAAGGUAUAGAAAAAGAAAUAAUUUUAUUUUCAUGUGUCUUAUGUUCUUUUUUAAAUGAAAAUAGGUCUAACGUUUCAUCUAGUGAUCAUAUAAUAUAUAAUAAUAAUAUGAAUAAUAAAAUUCAUAAUAGCAAAAUGAAUAAUUUAUGCGAAAAUAAUACAAUAAAUAUUGACGAACUUCCUAAAAAUAUAUCUAAUGAAAAUUUAUCAUAUAAUUCCAAUCAUUAUUAUGAACAUUUUUAUGAAAAUAAAAACAGAAUAAACGUAGCAUUAAGUAGAGCAAAAAGUCAACUAAUAAUUAUUGCCCAUAAUAAUUUUAUAGAAAAAAAUGAUAUAUGGAAAUAUAUAAAAUUCAAAUCUAAAGUAUACUAUUAUGAUUAG